ACACAGUUGUGUACGUUUUCAUCAGUUAGAAGAUAGAACAGGUAUUCUAUAUAAAAUGGAGGAUGUAAAUAUAUUAGAAGUGUUCUAUUUGGUGGUAGUAGCUGGUGCUAUAUUGGUGUUAUUUAAACAGGCUAUAUCUAUGAUAUUAAUCAGUAUAACAAUAUUAACUGUUUUAAUAUUUAUCAUGAGGAAGGUCAAUAACUCCAGAUCUUCUCCUCAAAAUAAAACAGUUUUAAUAGCUGGUGUUGAUUCAGUAUUUGGUAAUAAACUAUCAAAACAUCUAGUUGAUUAUGGUUUUCAAGUUUUUGGUACAUCAGAAUCAACGGAAGAUCCUGCAGUCAAAGAAUUAAAGAUGUACAAUGAUAACCUGAAAAUACUGCAGAUGGAUCCAUUAUCUGAUCAAAGCUGCCAUCAGUGUUUCAAGCAAUUGAAAGAAACAGUUGAGAAGACAGAAGGAUUAUAUGGAUUAAUUAACUGUUAUAAUAAUAAGAUAGUGAGAGAUAUAGAGUUAACAACAAUGGAGAAAUAUCAACAAUUACUAGAUACUAAUUUAUUAUCAACAAUAAGAGUUACUAAAACAUUCCUUCCUCUCAUUAGAGCAUGUAAAGGAUGUAUUGUUAAUGUAUCAUCAACAGCAGGAUUACUAGGUUUACCUCAGUCCUCAUCUUAUAAUAUAACACAGUAUGCUAUAGAGGGUUUCACAGAAUCUUUAAGAUUAGAAAUGAGUAGAUUUGAUGUUCGGGUCUCACUAAUUGAAUGUAGUAUAGAUUUUAAUUUAACGGGAAGUAAACAGGUAGAUAAAACCACUAAACCUAUUAUCAAUGAGGAGCUGAUAGAAGCUUAUGGUGAAGACUAUAUCAAUAAUAUUUUAUCUCAAUCAAAGACCCCAAUAGAUUUAUCACCAACACCUAUAUUUAACAAAGUUUUAGAUGGUUUAUUGAGCCAGAGACAUACCAGUAGAUAUUUAGUAAAUUCUAAAUUAUUUGAUAAAACUAAUAUACUGGCAGUGAUAAGACCAUAUAUACCAAUAUCAUUAUUAGAUUAUUUUAAUCUGAGUUUAAACGCUAACCCAGAGGAUACAGAAUAUGAGAAAAUAAAAUAUGGAUUAAAACCAGAAAAAUCUUCAACACAGGAUAAAAAGACGGCCUAGGCUGAUUGAAAUCAUGUCUUAUUGUAUUUUACUCACUAUGUUCUUGUGCAUUGGAACACAUAGAUAUGAUCUUUAUUUUUUAAAUAAAAAUAUAUAUAUAACUUU